AUGGAUCCAAACGCCGGGUCUUUUGAGCUGGGACAACGUCGGAUACUGAAUGAAGAGGGUGAAGAAAGUCUGUUGUCAGGUCGAUUACAGCGGUUGGAUUUGGAAAGAGAGACAAGGACGGAACAGGGUGGGCCGGCGCUGCAGUGGGGUCAGUCGCUGCAAGGAGCUCAGCUACAACAAACAUAUAGAGACGGACAUCACAACCAAAAUCAAACUCACUUCAAUACGGGUUCAACUGAAGCACAUAAUCUUCGAUCAUCAAGCGCCGUGGGCGUACCGAGAAGCUCACCAGCACCUGGCAGCUUGCAAUCACUGGGAGCCUUGCAUACCAAUCAAGAACAACGAUUAUUAAAUUCCUCUCAGCCACCGUCAUCAAGUCCAGCACAGGCUACCUUUCAAGAUAACUAUAAUCAGAGCCAAUUAUCCUACCAUUGGGCACAGCCAGCACAACCACUGGGAUACCACCCCUCUUCUUCAUUCCUGGCGAGAAACUUCAACGGCUUGCCACUUACUGUUGGAUCUCCGAUAGUAGAAGAAAGGCACGAGCCAGUUGAGUAUAUACAUAAAGAAAUUCUCGAGCUUGAGGAACAGGUCGAAAAGGUGUACGAAGAAUUCUGCCAUCACCGCUCAAUACGACACAGCGGAAAAGUUAAUCUCGAUAAUCUUAAAGCGUACGUUGCUGUACUUGAACAGACUCUGUUUAACACAUGCCAACGAAGUCAACAACUCCAAAUCAAGGUCUUGUUCGGCACAGAUAUUGGAGAUCAAUUCGAACAGUUGAUUGCAACACAAUUGACACGCGUGUUCCCACAAAUAGAAAAGAGGUAUCUGAAGCGUAAUUGGGAACAAAUACUCGGCGGGAAACGUCCUCUACCCCGCUACCCACCUAGCGGUCCUAUAUAUCUGAACAGGGUACCGCAAAUAUUCAAGAUUCAAAUCAAGAUUGUGGUCAAGGCCUACACGAUCCUCGAAAGUAGUUUGUGCGUCUGCAAAAUUACGGAAAAGGAAUACGAACACAGCAUUGACAUAGAAUCGGUUCACGAACUACAAGAAUACCAAUUUGAAGAAGCUUGCACUGAAGUCGAGUACGAUUCUACUACUCUUCCCAUCCCUAAUAGCCUUUUGCCUACUACCAAAGAAGGGGGACGGAUUCCGGUUCGGAGCUUCGCUCGUAUUGUAGAGAGAAUAUCGUACUUUUUUUGUUUUGACCCUCCGUUGACUCCAGACGCUGUACCCUUGGAGAACCUAAUAGCGAAGGAUAAGGAUCUGGAACAAAUUUUCCCUGUGGACAAAGCCGGUACUGUAUCAGUUAAGUGGGGUGUCUCGUGGUGA